AUGUCUGCAUUGUGGCUGCUUCUGGGCCUCCUUGCCCUGACUGACUCGUCUGAAAGCAGCAACUGGGGAUGCUAUGGAAACAUCCGAACCCUGGUCACCCCGGGGGCAUCUUGUGGGAUUGGAAGACGCCACGGCCUGAACUACUGUGGAGUUCGUGCUUCCGAAAGGCUGGCUGAAAUAGACAUGCCGUACCUACUGAAAUAUCAACCGAUGAUGCAAACUGUUGGCCAAAAGUACUGCAUGGAUCCUGCAGUGAUCGCUGGUCUUUUGUCUAGGGAGUCUCAGGGUGGCAACAUGCUGGUCAACGUGGGCAACGUAGGCAAUGUGGGCAAUGGGAUUAAGGUGGUGCAGGAUGCUGACUUUUCCACACCCAUGUCCUGGAUUAGUGAGUCCCGGGUUUCUCAGAUAACUGAGACUCUUACCAUUAGAAUCAAAGAAAUCCAGAGGAGGUUUCCAGCCUGGACCCCUGACCAGCACCUGAGGGGAGGACUCUGUGCCUACAGUGGGGGUGCUGGCUAUGUCAGAAGCAGCGAGGACCUGAGCUGUGACUUCUGCAAUGAUGUCCUUGCCAGAGCCAAGUACCUCAAGAGACACGGCUUCUAA